CCGUCCGCAGGUCGCGAGUAUAAAAAGGUAGCCGUCGAGAGCGUUGGCACCGCAUUUCCUCCGCGAUCGAAGCUCCGACAUGAAGACCGCUCUUUUCGCCUGCGCCGCUCUGCUUUUGAUAGCAGCAGCCUCCGCCUUCCCUUACGCCGUCGUCCAGUAUGAAAUUCCUGACGCACCUUUGGUGAGAGUGGCCAGGUCACCCCAGUACGGUCGCCCAGGAUAUGGAGGUCAUGGCGGCGGCUACAGGCCGGGAGGUUACAAUCAAGGAUACAGACCAGGUGGCGGCGGAUUCUACCCAGGCGGUGGAUUCGGAGGAAGCGCCAGCCAAGCGAGCGCCGCGAGCCAAAGUUUCAACGCCGGAGGAGGCUUCGGGGGUGGUUUCAGUGGAAGCAGCGCCAACGCCGCCAGCCAGAGCUUUGGUUUUGGUGGCUAAGUUUCCUCUGCGCGCAGCAACUUACAGGAAUAUUUGCUAAAAAAAAGUACAAAAAUGUAAAAAAUAUAUUAAUUUAUGCUAAGCUACAGUUUAAGUGAUCAAAAAAUAAAAUUGUUUUCAACAAUGAAA